AAUGAGGGUUUAACGAUACUUGCAGAAGAAGAAGAAGAAGAAGAAAUGGCUGCGACGAGCAUAGCUUCUAGGUCGUCUCUAGGCUCCAUCUUACGAACCGCUACCAGAAGAAGAAGUUUGAUCUCACCUAGACCGAGAAUCUCCUCAGUCCCCAACCCGAACCCGAACUCCUCCUCCCCAUCGCCGCCUCUUCGUCAGACUCGAAUCGAAGCUUCUUCUCUUCCCAGGUUUGUGCGGCGAGAAGUGAGCACUCAUCAACCGUUUCAUAGCGUCGUUGCUGCCGCUUGCCUCGUUUCUAAACUCCCUUCUGACCUCACUUCUUAUCAAGGUAGAUUUGCUAACUAUGUCAGUCCCAUCUAAGAGGCAGCACCUGAAGUUACUUAGAUGGAUGGCUUUUUCCGCUUCGUUUUGAUGUUUUCAAGAAAAUUCAGCUUCUUCAGUUAAAAGAUAUAUAUCAACCGUAUUAGAUGGAACCCUCAAUACAAUUUUUUGGCAGAUGUUAUUACUUACAUGUUCUUAUCUUAUCAGUCAAAUGAUGAUUCGGACCAUUGUAAUUGUCAGGAAUGUAUAAUAACCUCUCCCGGAUACUAUUCACUCUUUUCAAAUUUAGAGAAAUAAGACUGUUUGCACGGGAGAGACUUUUUUCUUUUCCCUUUCUACCAA